AUGGAGUCAUCCAUUAUUCCCUACUUCUCCGAUAGACGCGACUUUAUUCCGUCAACACCCAAAACCAUCGCAUUUUUGCAAGAAUCAUCACUUGUCGCUGUUACAACACUGCAACAGAUGACUGAGCUUGAUGGAGAGGAUGGUGCAUCAUUGCUAACAUGGACUCGUUUGAUUCUGAUAACUGCUGUAUCGUUUUGGUGUCAAGCUGUGGUAACGGAAGAGAGGCUGGUUCCAGCUCUGAAUGUGAUUGCAGAACGUUUCAACAUCUCCGAUGAUAUUGCAGGCGCAACUCUAAUGGCAGCAGGAGCCUCUUCUCCGGAAUUAUUCUCUUCUUUUGUGGCUCUCUUCAUUACUCACUCGGCAAUGGGAAUGGGAACCAUUGUUGGCUCGGAGAUUUUCAAUCAGUUGGUGAUUUGUGCAGGUGCCGUUUAUGCUUCCAAGUCAGGGAAUCUCAAACUGGAUCGCAAGAUUGUCUUCCGAGAAGUUGGAUUCUAUGGCCUAGCGAUUCUUCUCCUCUAUAUCGCACUGCAAGAUGUGAGAGAGAUACCAAUUGGCAACGAAAUAAGCGACGCCGAAGAUAUGGAAUUGGAAGAACGCAUCUUCAUUUCGUUCGGUGGGUCAUUUAUGAUUUUAGCAGGGUACAUUGCUUAUGUUAUGGUAUGCGCCAACAUGAAGACUGUCGUGGCCUUCUUUGAGAAGCUACCAGUGCCUUCAUGGAAGCGUAUCUCUUAUCAAGCGCUACCGAAAGAAGUAGAACUGAACGAAGAAGUGACGGUCGAAGAGAAAAAAGCAGAAGCUCAUGAUGAUUUCAAUGACGAUAACUUGGCUAUAGAGAUGAUUGCUUCAAAGCGCAGUGACGAUUUAGAUGUCUCUUUGGCAACUGAUCCAAACACGUCACUGGAGGAGGUGGUGGAUCACGAGGGUACAGUCGUCAGCCACAGAAGACACCCACAUUCAACUUUGGAUAGUGAUGACACGCUGCCAAAUACUGAAAAAAAAGAUCAUUACGAAGACCACCAGGACCACACAUCUUUGAUUGCUUUCCCCACAAAUUCCCCUGGGUUGCAGAUCUUCUUAUACUUUUUCCUACUGCCACUCCGAUAUGCCAUGCAUUUGACCAUCCCAGACGUGAAUGGCCCACAACGAGAUGGAGCACUCGACAAAAAUUAUCGUGCUUAUCUAGCAACCUUUCAAUGUUUGCUGUGGCUGGUCAUGGGUAGCUAUGCCAUGGUUGCAUCUUUGGAAAGUCUCGCAAAGCUACUGAAUGUACCAGAUUCGGUUGUUGGAGUUACAGUUUCGGCGGCGGGUACGUCACUCCCCAACUAUAUUGCAUCCAAGAUUGCAGCAGAAAAGGGCCUUGGAAAUCAAGCUGUAUCCAAUGCGUUCGGGUCCAACACUUUCAAUAUCCUGGUUGGCCUUGGUCUGCCAUGGACUCUUUACACGAGCUUUGCCACUGGAUUCGAGCCGUACAAUGAUCUUCGAAACGACGAUAUCAUUGAAUCCAUUGUCAUUCUUGCCAUUGUCCUACUUGUCUUUGUGGUGUUAAUGGCCAUGAGCGACUAUGUCUUGUAUCGGUGGCAUGGACAUCUUUUUGCGGUCAUGUAUGCUGGAUAUUUGGGAUUGGUUGUAUUUCAGAAUUGGGAUUGGGACUUUCGAGUCGAGGAAGCACAAGCCGCAGUGGAUAAUGUGGUACCAUGA